UGCACAUGGUUUGAGCGAGUGAGUAUGAUGGUGAUCCUGUUGAACUGUGUGACUCUGGGAAUGUACCAACCGUGCGAGAACAUCGACUGCUCCUCACAACGCUGCCAGAUCCUGCAGGCAUUCGAUGCAAUUAUUUAUAUCUUCUUUGCCGUGGAGAUGGUGGUGAAGAUGGUGGCUCUCGGCAUCUUUGGUCGUCGCUGUUACCUUGGUGACACGUGGAACAGACUGGACUUCUUCAUCGUCAUGGCAGGGGUUGUGGAAUACUCUCUGGACCUUCAGAACAUCAAUUUAACGGCCAUCAGGACAGUCAGAGUUCUGCGACCUCUCAAAGCCAUCAACAGAGUGCCAAGUAUGAGGAUCUUGGUAAACCUGCUCUUGGACACCCUACCCAUGCUGGGCAACGUGCUCCUGCUCUGCUUCUUCGUCUUCUUCAUCUUCGGCAUCAUCGGCGUGCAGCUGUGGGCAGGGCUUCUGCGCAAUCGCUGCUAUCCCGAUAAGAAUUUCACCCUAUCUACAGGAAUGGCCCUUCCCACUCCCUACUACUCCCCUGAUGAGGAAGAUGAGCGACCAUUCAUUUGCUCUCUGCCCCAGGAUAAUGGAAUCAUGUCAUGUAACGAUGUCCCGGCACGGCGUGAGGGAGGCCGUGAGUGCUGUUUGGAUGUGGAGGAUGCUCUUCACUUACAGACUCUGGGCCUGGCAGCUGAUCCCCUCCUCAAUGCCAGCAUGGGUGCUGUGCCAGGCCUCUGUGUCAACUGGAACCGCUAUUACACCCAGUGCCGCACAGGCUACUCCAACCCGCAUAAGGGUGCCAUUAAUUUUGACAACAUUGGCUAUGCAUGGAUCGUGAUCUUCCAGGUCAUAACUCUGGAGGGCUGGGUGGAGAUCAUGUAUUAUGUGAUGGAUGCACACUCCUUCUACAACUUCAUCUACUUCAUCUUGCUAAUUAUAGUGGGCUCUUUCUUCAUGAUUAAUCUGUGUCUGGUGGUCAUAGCCACUCAGUUCUCUGAGACGAAACAACGUGAACACCAGCUGAUGCAGGAGCAGCGUGCCCGCUGCCUGUCCUCCAGCACAAUGGCAUCACUGGCAGAGCCAGGGGACUGUUAUGAGGAGCUCUUCCAGUUCACCUGUCACGUGCUGCGUAAAGCCCGUCGCCGCUCCACUGCCUUCUUCAAGGCAUUAAGAGCACGUCCAUGCCAGGCCAUGCCUACCCAGUCACAAACCAAUGUCAAUGGCAGAGAAAGGAAUCAGAGGCAACAUCAGGGUUCCCACUGUCCCCAUCACAUGAAGCCUGACCAUGCUCCUCCUGAACGUUCUGAUGUGUUAACUUCACCGCCCAUCUCUGAGGACUGCCCUCACUGUGUGGCACUGUCUCUCAGAGAUGGGGCAGGACCUGCAGGGGUGGCGGCCAAUCAGGAGGCAGAGGAAGGUGCGCUGGAGGACACAGAUGGCCAGGGUGGCCAAUCAGGAGAGCAGAAGGAAAAAAGGGUGAAAAAGGGGAAAUGUAAAGAGCUGUGGAUAGAGAUGAGGAUUAAACUGUGGGGAAUUGUAGAGAGCAAAUACUUCAACCGAGGCAUCAUGAUUGCCAUUCUCAUCAAUACAAUCAGCAUGGGCAUCGAACAUCAUGAGCAGCCGGAGGAGCUGACUAACGUUCUGGAGAUCUGCAACAUUGUCUUCACCAGCAUGUUUGCCCUGGAGAUGAUCCUGAAGCUGACUGCCUUUGGUUGCUUCAACUACCUGCACAACCCGUACAACAUUUUUGAUGGCAUCAUCGUCAUCAUCAGUGUAUGUGAGAUCGUUGGACAGUCCGACGGUGGUCUGAGCGUGUUGAGGACAUUCAGGCUGCUCCGUGUGUUAAAGCUAGUGCGCUUCAUGCCUGCUCUGCGCCGGCAGCUUGUCGUCCUGAUGAAAACCAUGGACAAUGUGGCCACAUUCUGCAUGCUGCUCAUGCUCUUCAUCUUCAUCUUCAGUAUCUUGGGAAUGCACAUAUUUGGCUGUAAGUUCAGUCUGAAGACGGAUGCUGGAGACACGGUCCCUGACAGGAAAAACUUUGACUCUCUACUGUGGGCCAUAGUGACUGUUUUUCAGAUCCUGACUCAGGAGGACUGGAACGUGGUGUUGUAUAAUGGCAUGGCCUCCACCUCUCCUCUGGCAGCUCUCUAUUUUGUGGCUCUUAUGACAUUUGGAAACUAUGUGCUUUUUAACCUACUUGUUGCCAUUCUGGUAGAGGGAUUUCAGGCAGAGGGUGAUGCUAAUCGCUCGUAUUCAGAUGAUGACGGGUCAUCAUCCGACUAUGAUGGGAGUGAGAGACACAAGGACUCGCUCCAGCUCUCUGAUCCUAAACUUUGUGCUUUGACCCCUAAUGGGCACCUGGAGAUGAAGCCUAUAGGAGGAGGAAGGAUAAAUUUGGAAGAAGAAUCUCGUAAGAGCAGUGUCAUCAGUCUGGGCAAGAGCAGCCUGGAGCAAGGAUCUUUCUCACUGCGUCAUGGUCGUACUUCCUUGUACCGCCACUGGGGGCGCCCCCACCCCCAGUCAGCAUGGAGUCGGCGGUCUAGCUGGAACAGCAUGGGUCGUGCUACUAGAGGCCUGGCGGUAGGUGGGAGCCUACGGGUCCGAGGUCCCCACUCCCAUCCAGCUGAGCGGGAGUCCCUCCUCUCCCCACGCCUCCAACUCUUACAUCACCCACCUCUCCUUUCUCGUCGUUACCCCCUUCGCCGCGAUCGGCGUGCCCUCUCACUCGAGCUCCCUGAGCAGCUCCAGCUCCCUGGACCCCCACUGCAGCACCACCUUCUGACCAGGAAAAAAAGUGUGUGUGGGGAGCAGCACCAUGAUUGUAAUGGGAAAGCACCAAUGCGUCAGAGAGCACUGCUCAGCGAGGUUUAUCCCCAACUCAAUGCUCAGAAGGACAAACCACACCUCGACGAGGAGACAGACUAUAGCCUAUGUUUUCGGAUCCAGAAGAUGAUUGAGGUAUAUCGCCCAAACUGGUGCGAGACGAGGGAAGACUGGUCUGUCUACUUGUUUUCCCCUGAGAACAAGUUCAGGUUAACUUGCCAGAAGAUCAUUGCUCAUAAACUGUUUGACUAUGUAGUGUUGGCCUUCAUCUUCCUCAACUGCAUCACAGUGGCCCUUGAAAGACCCAGGAUUCACCAGGGAAGUCUGGAGCGAGUCUUUCUCACCAUCUCUAACUACAUCUUCACUGCCAUCUUUGUAGCUGAGAUGACGGUCAAGGUGGUUUCAAUGGGUUUGUAUCUGGGAGAUCGUGCAUACCUGCGCAGCAGUUGGAACAUUCUGGAUGGUUUCCUUGUCUUUGUGUCUCUGAUUGACAUUGUAGUAUCGAUGGCGGGAGGAGCCAAGAUCCUGGGUGUGCUACGUGUCCUACGGCUACUCAGAACCCUGCGUCCCCUCAGGGUGAUCAGCCGGGCUCCUGGACUGAAGCUGGUGGUCGAGACUCUCAUCACAUCUCUAAAGCCCAUAGGAAACAUUGUGCUCAUCUGCUGUGCGUUCUUCAUCAUCUUUGGCAUCCUCGGCGUGCAGCUCUUCAAAGGGAAGUUCUAUUAUUGUGUUGGCCUGGAUGUCAAGAAUAUCACCAAUAAGUCUGACUGUCUGUUGGCUAAAUACAAAUGGGUUCAUCACAAGUAUAACUUUGACAACCUGGGGCAGGCUCUGAUGUCUCUAUUUGUUUUAGCCUCUAAAGAUGGCUGGGUCAAUAUAAUGUACCAUGGACUUGACGCAGUGGGAAUAGACCAACAGCCGGUGACCAACAACAACCCGUGGAUGCUGCUGUACUUCAUCUCGUUCCUACUCAUCGUCAGUUUCUUCGUGCUGAACAUGUUCGUUGGCGUGGUGGUGGAGAACUUUCACAAGUGCCGGCAGCACCAGGAAGUCGAGGAGGCCAAAAGGAGGGAGGAGAAGAGGCUCAGGCGAAUGGAGAAGAAGAGACGGAAGGCGCAGAAGUUGCCGUACUAUGCCGGGUAUGGCCAUAUCCGCUUGAUGAUCCACUCGUUAUGCACAAGCCACUACCUGGACCUCUUUAUCACCCUCAUCAUUUGCAUCAAUGUCAUUACCAUGUCGCUGGAGCACUACGAUCAGCCAAAGUCUCUCGAAACCGCUCUGAAGUACUGUAAUUACUUCUUCAGCUCCACCUUCGUGGUCGAGGCCACACUCAAGCUCAUUGCCUUCGGCUUCCGCCGCUUUUUCAAAGACAGGUGGAAUCAACUAGACCUGGCUAUUGUGCUUUUGUCUGUGAUGGGUAUCACACUGGAGGAGAUAGAGAUUAACGCCUCGCUUCCUAUCAACCCUACCAUUAUUCGGAUCAUGCGGGUGUUACGGAUAGCACGUGUGCUGAAACUGUUGAAGAUGGCCACUGGGAUGCGUGCUUUGCUAGACACAGUAGUUCAGGCUUUACCUCAGGUGGGAAAUCUGGGUCUGCUGUUUAUGUUGCUGUUCUUCAUCUAUGCUGCUCUGGGUGUAGAGCUAUUUGGGGAACUGGUGUGCAAUGCAGAUUACCCAUGUGAGGGGAUGAGUCGGCACGCCACCUUUGAGAACUUCGGCAUGGCCUUCCUUACACUCUUCCAGGUCUCAACUGGUGACAACUGGAAUGGGAUCAUGAAGGACACUUUACGUGAGUGCCCACCAGGCGACACUUACUCUUGCAAUGGCAGUCUACAGUUCAUCUCCCCCAUGUACUUUGUGAGUUUUGUGCUGACAGCCCAGUUUGUGCUCAUCAACGUGGUAGUUGCCGUACUAAUGAAGCACUUGGAUGACUCAAACAAAGAAGCACAGGAGGAGGCCGAGAUGGAUGCUGAAAUCGAGCUAGAGCUAGCACAGGGAGGGCUCUGCUGCCUGGGUGGACUGGCAGCUGCUGCUGGGCCUGGCAUCGGGGUGGGAACUGGAAGUGGAGGAGGUGGUGCAGGUGGAGGAGAGAGGCCAAGCAUUGAGUGUGGAAGCAGACAGGCAGCCAUGGUGGGGGCUCACGUGCAUGCCAGCCAAAGCGGGUACACACCUCCAAGUGGAGGACAUGAAUCACACAACCACAGGAAGCUCUACUCACCUGCACAGGAGAACCUGUGGCUGGACAGUGUUUCUCUGCUGAUUAAGGACUCUCUGGAGGGUGAGAUGCAGAUGAUUGAUAACCUGUCAGGAUCUGUGUUUCACCACUACUCGUCCCCUGCGGUGUGCAGAGGCUGCAGGUGCCAGCCUACAGAGAUCCGAUUAGCUGAGGUGGAGCAGGCCUCUCUGAUGUCAGAGCAGCUCUCGGACAAGUCGUCAUCUCCAGCACUUCCCGAUGACCUCAGUCUUGAUGACCACAGUGUGUACCAGCUAGUUGUCAGAGACAUGAAGGAGGAGAGAGGGAGCAGUACCUCUCAGAGCUUAGAAGAGCUUCAGGCCACACCGGCGGAAUGCAGGAGGUCUCAUCCCAAGAGUCGAGCUUUCAGCAUGGGGAGUGAGAAUGGAGAAAGACUUCCUAAUUCAAGCCUACAGAAGGAGAAUGAAUCAGCAUCUCAUCAACAUGUGCUAUAUCAUAGUUCAGCAGAUGGUGAGCGAGGCGGCAGUAACAGCAGAAGGGACAGGAGGACGCCCUCUCCUCUCUUUCAUCUCCCUGCAGAGUUCUUCCACCCAGCCACAGCCAUGCCCCAAGGAAGCCUAGUCUCGGGUAUGGUGCGGACAGGGCGACCCAGCUCCAGGCUCAUUUCACCAGCCUCAUGGGCAUCGCUUCGGUCACCUGGAGCCAACAGCAGGGUCAUGGGCUUACAGCCACCAUGCCACAGUGAGUCAUCAUUAGCCAUGGGAAGCUCCGAAGUCAGCCUGCAGACCAUGCUGGAGGAAAGCCUCAACUUCAGCGUACCUCCUCAGAGAGACCUAUCUUUACCUCAGCCUCUGCUUUGCCCUGUACCCGAUGAAACCCUCCCUUCUUCGGAUCUCAGCCAGAGAUUGCACCCUGACCAAACCAGCUUCACCCUCCAGGCCACCAGGGGGCACCAGAGGAGUCAGAGCAACUGUGAUGGCAGCCCCAGCCCCAGCUGCAACAGGCUGAACUCCAUAGAACCUUCGGAUGAGGACACAGGGAUCGGGGGAGGAUCAAGUCAAGCAUUUAACAGUGAACAUUUAUCAGAGACUAUCAGCAGCCUUUCCCUAAGCUCGUUGCUAACACCUGGCUCACUGGCGCCACCAUUGGCCAAAAAGUGCAACAGCACUGGGAGCUUAGAACAAGGGAAUGUGUUGGCUCGAAAUAAAAAUGGACGGCACCUUCAUAGCACAGACCAACCUCAGUACCUUUCCAACCCGUGGACAGAAGAGAGAGACGGAGGGGAUGGGGAGAAAGGGAUUGCAGGUUUGGGGGUCAAAAGCUCCAGUGAAACAAUGGACACCAGCUCUCGGAAGAACAGAUGAAACAUGUUAAUCGUGUUUUUUCUCUUCUCAGUUGCCUCUUUUUGAGAGUGGGACUUCUCUUAGUCUUUCAUUCGUGACACGUCCAUGUUUUGUGUAGCCCUGACAGACAGGUCAAGCUCACGUGAACAGAAGGACAGGACGUAGACGAGGACCAGAAGAAAAAUUUUAAUCUACAGAGAACCAAAAAGAGCUGGCCAUUUAGUUGAGUAUUAAUUAAAAAUAUGGAGAAAAGUUCCAGCUAAUAUACCGAAUGUGUGUAAGAAUCUGAAGGUGAAUGAAAUUUGGAUAUGAAAGUCAUUUUCAUGGCUGUUUUUGUUUCCUAUGAAAUUUGACCUGCAGCGAUCUUCUGUCUACAUGCAAAAGGUGACAUUUCAGGAAAGAAGCCUCGCGAUGUCUCUUCUAAUGUAGGACUUUUGAUGUAAGAUGCCUUGAUUUGAUAUCAUUCACAAACAAGGUAGCAAUGAUCAAACUUUUAGUUAGCUUCCCUUAGUAAAUUCGAAGAAUAAUGAUGAUUAUUUUCUAGGUGUGACCCUCAGUAUUAGAUUUUCGUCAAUGUGUAUGUAAGUUUCUGUGUCAGGACUUAAUUAUGCUUAACUUUAAAAAAAGAGGGCUAAUUUAAAAUUUAGUAGCUAGAUUUUAUCAACAAAAAAAUAUCUGGAACAUUAAAAAAAUAAAUAAAUAAAUAAAAUAAAAUAAAAAACUAAUCAGAUGACUGAUGCUCUGUUGGACAUGAUGGGAUAUUCCAAACUUACAGCUCUGGUUGAAUAAAUGUACAGAAAAGAAAUAUGCAGAAGCAGAUGAAGUGAAGAUGUCUAGAUGAUUGUCCACUGUUUGAUGAGAUUCAUAUAUGAGAGCUAAUGAGAAACGAUGGUAUUGUACCAUAAAGAUGUCAAAAAUGAAGAAUUUUAUUUAUUUUUACAAGUAGUAGAAAUCUAAUCUUCCUCAUCCACAUUGUAUGUUGCAUUUCUUCUCAUAACUAUUUGCAAUUUAAGUGCAAUGCAAAGUAUCUUGAUUCUGAAAGAAUGUAGGUUUGGUAUCUCUUGAAUUGAGAAAAUGAACAAAAAAAAAAUGUUAUUCAGGGGUCCAAAACAAAUGUCUUUCAGGAAAUUUAGGAAUUUGUUUUUAUUUAUUUUUUUUUUCCACACUGCACGUGAUUUAUGUAGUCUACCUGCUCUGAGCUUAUUAUUAUGUUGCACGAUGUAAUUAUAUUAUUUCAUUUUGAUUCAUUUAUGUAUUUUUUUUUCAUCAAGAUCAAAUUCAAUCAAGAAGUCAUUUAAGUCAUUAAAAAAUUCUUGACUUUAGGAUAAAGAUCUAGAUGUCAAAUAAAUAGAAUUU